CGCACCAAUGACGUCGCCGUUCUGGGGGCUGCUGGGUCUCGCGGACGGAGCCGUCACUCAAAGUUAUCCCUGUUAUCGGCGGCGUCGAUGUUAUCGGUAGAGCGCGGCCUGAGGGGACGGAAGCGGCGGCGGAGGAGCGGCGUGGGAUUAGGCCAAAGAAGGGAGAAGAGUGAUUUACUUCAAGAUGUUUUCGAAACGGAGAUGGUUAGUUCAAGUCGUGUAUACUCUUCUCUUUACCACUUUUGGAGAUUCACUUGUGCAAAUGUGUGGUCAUAUCUACCCAGAGUCUCCAGUAAUACUGCCCAUUGGCUCCAGUUUUACAGCAUUCUGUGUUCUCUAUGAUACUUGUCCAUACUAUGACAAAGUACAUGCUAAUCAAAUUUUCUGGAAAACAAAAAAUGUGAUUGUCCCUAAAGAACAGUAUCAUAUAAUAAACCAAACUGUUUCUAGUAUAACAUUCAAUGAUACCUCUACAUUGAUUUCUCCUCUGACUUGCAACAUUUUAGUAGAGGGGAACAUUGAGCAGAACAUCUAUGGAAUACAGAUUCAGUUGGGCUAUCCUCCAGAGAAACCUGAGAAUGUCAGUUGUAUUGUGAUUCAACUUGAAAAGAAAAAAAUUGUUAAAAGAUGCACUUGGGAACCUGGAAGGAAUACAUACUUGAAAACUAAUUACACUCUUAAAUCAGCAUGGUCAAACACGAAUUUCCCUGACUGUAUACCUGAAGAUGUUAAUAACUCCUGCACCAGUUUUGAUGAUGUUACUUUCUUUGUCCGUCUAUAUGUGUGGGUGGAAGCCAAGAAUUACCUUGGGGAAGUUAACUCAUCACACAUUGCCUUUUUUCCUGAGGACUAUGUAAAACCUCUGCCUCCACGUAAUCUAUUUCUCAACUCAAGAGAAUUUCCUACAGUUUUGAGACUAUCGUGGGAAAACCAGUUUAAUGAACCACCACUGAAGCUGAAAUACAAAAUUAGAUAUAGAUCUGCCGACAGCACAAAUUGGGCAGAGGUUCCCCCUGAGGAUACAGAGUCAGAGAGAACUUCCUUCACUAUCCAGGAUCUCCAUCCAUUUACAAAAUACAUUUUUCAGAUCUCUUGUGCAGUUAGUGGGAUGUCACGUUAUUGGAGUGACUGGAGUAAAGAAGUCAUUGGAUUUACUGCUGAAGACAAACCCUCAAAAGGACCAGCUGUUUGGCGGAAGAUUACUACUCACUCUUCAGAAAGUUGGACUCUGGAACUGAAUUGGAAGAUGAAUCCUUCAGAAGUCAAUGGAAUAAUUUUGAUGUAUGAAGUGACUGUUUCAAGAAGGCCACCAUUUUCUUUACCAAUUGAAGUAACUCACUUGAAUACCACAGAGACAAAGCUGAUUCUAAAUGUGAAAAAUGGGAUGUAUGAAGCAAAGGUUACAGCAUACAACAAAGCUGGGAAAUCUCCUACCACAGUUUUACUUAUCCCAGCAACAAACUCAAAAGCUCCUGUGAAAAAUAUUAUUGCAUUUCCUAAGGAUGACAAGCUGUGGGUAAACUGGACAGCUCCUAAAGAUCCAGUUAUUAAAUACAUAAUUGAAUGGUAUGAAGAGUGUGACAGCUUGAACUGUUCUACUGACUGGCAACAGGAACCUGGAACAAAACAGGGCACAUUUUUAAAAGGUGACAUAAAGCCGUUCAAAUGUUACAAGAUAACUGUAUAUCCAUUGUAUGCUAAUGGCCAAGGAGAAGAAAGAUCAACACAAACCUACCUUCAACAAGAUGUACCUGCUAACGGACCCACGGUUCGAACUAAGAAAGUUGGAAAAUCUGAAGUACUUUUAGAGUGGAAACCUCUUUCAUUUGAAGAGCAAAAUGGGUUCAUCAAAUUUUACACAAUAUCUUAUAAAACAGUGACUGGAAAUGAAACAGUUGUGAGAGUGAACUCUUCUGAAUCUGAAUACCCACUGUCCGCCUUGUCAAAAGACACUUUAUAUAUAGUACAGAUGGCAGCAUACACAGAAAAAGGAGGGAAAAGUGGUCCUGCUUUUACAUUUACUACAAAGAAAUUUGCGAAUGGAGAAAUAGAAGCCAUAGUUGUCCCUGUGUGUCUAGCGGUCCUCCUGAGUAUUCUUCUAGGUGUUCUCUUUUGUUUCAGCAAACGAGACUUCAUCAAGAAACACAUUUGGCCUAACGUACCUGAUCCUUCAAAGAGUGUAAUUGCUCAGUGGUCACCACAAACACCAUCUAAGCAUUUUAACUCCAAAGAGCAUAUCUAUCCUGAAGGCAGCUUUACUGACGUCAGUGUUGUAGAAAUAGAUGCUGAUGACAAGAAGUCUUUCUCUGAAACUGAUUUGAAGCCGUUUGAUAUGCUUAAGAAGGAGAAGAAUGCCUCGGAGGGCCACAGCAGUGGUAUUGGAGGGUCAUCCUGCAUGUCUUCUCCUCGGCAGAGUGUUUCUGACAGCGAUGAAGGAGAACCUGCCCAGAACACUUCCAGCACAGUGCAGUAUUCCACUGUGGUGCCCAAUGGCUACAGGGACCAGAUACCUGCAGUGCAAGUCUUCCCUAGGUCUGAGUCUACACAACCUUUGCUAGACUCUGAAGAGAGGCCUGAAGAUCAGCAAGUGCUGGGAAGUGACAGCUCAACACCAAGGCGUCACUAUUUCAAACAAAAUGGCAAUUGGAAUGAUGUGGCCGCAGAGGGGUCUAAUUUGGAAAAAUUAACACAGAUUUCUCCCAUAAAUGAAGAAGAUGCUGCUGGACUUCAGGCCUCACAAACAUGGCACUCUGGCCCAGAGACAGACGAACAAGGAGCUGCCUUAGCAGGGGUUUUCCGGCCGAGCCCAGAAGGGCCAACUGUGCAGCUUGAAGCCAUGGGAGCAAAUACAGGGACUGAUGAUGAGGUGUCAAAAAGUUAUUUACCGCAGACAGUAAGGCAGGGUGGCUAUAUGCCCCAAUGAAAGGGAACCACUGCCUCCUACUCGCCCUCCCUGGGAUACUGUCGCACCAUUGAUUCUGACAGGUUACACUUGUUUUUAAACUUUGCCUCAAAUGAAUAAUUCAGAUUCAUUUAUGGAAAAGAAUGCGUAUGGAAAUCUUGAACAGACUUUAAACUACAUUUCCAGACAUUCUUAAUUUUUUUUUUCAAGCACUACAUUUCAUUCACCUUUUUGUGGCCUUUCCAUUUUGUUUUAGGGCAUCCUGCUUUGUUCUAAUAUAGAACGGAAGAUUACUUUCAUUCUGUUACAGAGGUAAAGACAAAGAGAAAAUGACUGACUGUGAAUACCUCCUUUCAUGCGGACUAGGAAAACAUUAGAUAUUUACAUAUCAAAUGUUCUCUCUUUUUUAGGUAAAUAUUAAUUUUCAAAAAUAAAAUUGCAGUACUUUUAUGAUAAAUGACUGAUACCUUAAAAAUUAUCCCGAGACCAAUACUUCAGUCUAUCUAUGGCCAAACAAAGUGGUUUAAAGCAGAAUUUAAAUCUUAGACAAGGGUCAGUAAUGUUCCCAGAAUCACUAUCUGCAAAGUCUUCUUUCUUUUGAAGGGUGAUCCCCUCCACAUAGCACUGUGCUUGCUGGUAAAGAAUUAUAUACCAAUAUUUCUUCUCUUCUUGCCUCAAGAUUGUAUCAAAAAAGCUAGUGUUACAAAAUUAAAUGACAGUAUUUGAUGCCUUUCCUUUGUUGCAUUUUGAGCCAAGUCUACUCAAAUGUAAACAUGGUAUUUAGAACUGAAAACUAUAUGCACUUUUUAUUUUCCUUUUUGGUUGUCUCUGAAUAAUACAAAUUAAUUAGACAAAUAGGCUUUUCUGCCUGCAUUUGCACAUUGAGGAAGUGGGGCAGAAGUCCCAUCAAAAUGGCUGUUUCAGAGGAAAUGCUGUGCAGGUGCAAACACCAUUUAUGUGAAUUUACAGACAAUCACAAAGAGAACUGCCAUUACAGGUAAAUAACCUGUUCUUUUACCAGAUGAGGUUUGGUAAUAUCCUCAUUAAUAACAUGAAUAUAAUAAAAUUAUAGGGCAAAUAUGCCGGACUUCAGGCCUCAUACUGAAUAGCAGUACAAGAUACUUGUAUUCCCUUCUUUCAUUGUCAGUCAAUAUGAAUGCCUUGUGUAGUCAAAAAGCAGCAUGGAAACUGAGAAGAAAACACCAUAAAGAACUGCAACUUCGGUACUUCACAUGGGGAGUUCUCUCCCACCAGUCAAGAAAUUUUAUUAAAAACGUUUUUGCAGAUCUUACAAAACCAUCUGGGAUCACUCAUGUCCAUCUGCAAGAAUUAUCUGUUUCACUUUCUACGUACCGAGACUGAUUCUAAAGAAACUCAAAAACACUAUGACUGACAACUAGUUUCAUUUUAUUCUUUUUUCAACAACUUAAUAAUGUGAAAUAAUUAACUUUUGAAGUGUCCGUGGUUAGAGAACAGUCUUGAUGCCUGAGUUGUUUGGUGUUUAUUGUAGAAGAUGUCUAGACAGUAAUUGUCAGCUCAUAGGGUAGCUAUAAAAUAACUUUUAAACAUUCCCAAAUAAUAAUGAUGUAACAUUUUUGCCAUUAGGGUUCUUAUUGUGCCUAUACUUAUUUUUUACAUGUACUACUUGCAUAUAUACUAAUAUAUUCAUCUGUUGCUUUGAAGUAUAACGAAUGUCAACUUAUUUAGUCAACAGUAUAUUGUUCUGUUGGUCUUCAAAAACAACUUUUCAAGUUUGCCUUCUGUUCACAAGGGUCUCAAGCCUUAUUCAAAGUUAAUGUAGUUAAACCUCCAGCACAGGCCCUGAUAAAAUAAAUGGAAGUUGCUUUGUGACCAAAAACAAAAAAAGGCUUAAUAUAAUGGAAUAUUAAUUCUUGGAAAAGCUGCUAUCUGCUUAAUUGUAAGGUGUUUUGUAUAAUAUGCUUCUCUAAUCACUUGUUCUGACAUCUAAUUUUCUGAAGUGGGAAAGCUGUCCAUACUAUUCAAGCACUGUGUGUUCAGAGCAUCAUGAAAUAUUGUUUUGCAAUUGGAACAUUAAAAAUAUGCUGUGAAAAUAAAGCUUUCUACUUUUAGCAAGUUUAAACAAUGUAAAAAAUCAGCAUUGUACAAUCUAUGCAUAUCUACAUGUAAGGAACACAUUUUCAGCACAGCUUACUUCCACAGAAGUUGAAUAUAAGAAUGAACCCUUAGCAUUGCUGUCAGUGGGAAUGAAUGCCUAAGUAAACCUUUUGCUGUGGUUUGAGCUCUAGUGGGUACUGGUACUGCACAUUGGCCUAUCAGGAAUUGUUUGGACUGAAACAAUUUUAAGCUAUGCUUUGGUGAAUAAAAAAGCAAGUAAAAUGAGUUGAAUACACAGCUUGCUUCAGGAGGCAGCAGCUGUGGUUUUUCCUCCUGGCCUUUGAAACUCUGAUCUGUGGCCUUAACUGCUCUUUCCUUGCAACAGAUAGGAGGAAGGGCCUCUUAAUGUCUUCCUCGCAAAUGGAGGUGAGCAGGAAGAAAAUAUUUAAAGCAAAUAUUUAAAUAUUUACUGACAUUUUAGAAUUUUUCUUGUGUAGUCAUCUAAUUUCUCAGAUAAGGAAUAACAUAUGUCAAUAUGUGUUGCAGACUAAUAGAAUAUUUAUAAAUAGAGAUUCAUUAUAAAUUAGUUUUUGUUCAUGUCUAGAAAACUAUUAACAAGGGAAUGAUAACAGGACAUUUAUGAUGGCCAAAUAGUGAUUUGGUAGUUACAUAAUUUAUUUGCAACUUCAUUAGUUUCAGUUAGCAACUUAAAUCUAAAAUGCUAAUCCUUUGCAUAGCUGAAAUCCCGUGAUAUACUACAAAUGCCUCAUUACAAGGAAAGGAAUAGUCUUCUGAGAGACGUACACCUCUAACUUAAUCUCAACUUUUUGGCUAAGUAAUAUUGUAUCCAUGUGCUCCAGUUCACAAUUUAUUUCUGGUUGCUAACACAAGGAAAAUAACCUAGGGUUGGCCUAUUGGGCUUGCAGAUUGCCCAAGUAAAGGCUCAAAUGCAUUACUCUUAUCUUUAGGACAUUAUAUUUUUAGGUAUAUGGAAUGACAGUUGCCAAUAGUAGAGGGAAAGGGGUUGACAGAAAAUGUUUGGCAGUACUAGAAAAGAACUUUGGGAAACACGUUUUAUCAUAGCAUCUUUGUGUUAAAAAGCAUUGAAAUACAAAAUAUUUUGUGCUUGAAAUUUUUAAAGCUUCAUUCUUGUUUGGUCAGAUCAAAAGCCUAUUUGUGAACAGAACUAUCUAGUCAAUAUGUCUGCUCAGACCUCUUCCUUUGCAAUUUGUCUGUAUCUAGAGGCACAUCGCCCUGAAAGUGCCAGCAUGAAUCUAGAGGUUUGCAUGUUAUGUCACGUGUAUCUUUGUAAUUUAGUCUUCCGAAUGUUCCACAUUUUGUCACUCUUAAAAUGAGAAGGCCGUAGUGCUGGAACUGCUUUUGCAAAUGAAUACAAAUGAAAAUAUAAAACUGA